CAGACCAGUCUUUCCGGGUGCUUUUAUUUUGAAGGGUCGGUGCUUUUAUUUUGACAGGCUCUUCCGUCCUAACUUCACGCGUGUCUCCAAACUCCGUGGACCCGGACCUUCUUGAACCAGGACCUCCUUAAACCAGGACCUCCGUGGACCCAGUCAUGCUCGGACCCGGUCCGCUGUUCUGAACCCGUCUUCGAACCGUGUCCUCGGCUGUGAGGAGGCACCGGUGGCCGGCGGAGGGGCGACCAGAGGCGGGCAGAUCCUCAGCCGGGACUCGGUGUUCGAGUCUUCGGCGGAAUGUGGACGCGGAUCCUGGGCAGAGCGGUCCGACCGGCGGCGCUGAGGCCGGGCUCCGGACCGGCGGCACCGGCGGGGACCGGGCUGACGGCGGCCGUCCGCCGCAUGGGGACCCACGGGCGGAAGGAGCCCCGGGAGCCGCUGAACUCCCCGAAGAGAGCCAAGGAGUUCAUCUACCGCCUGCAGCCCGCGGAGAGGAGCUGUCUGCUGGGGGAGCUGCAGGGGUUCGAGUCCAGGGCCAGGGCACAAGACACCCUGGACCCUUCUCCUCCGACCACCGCCCAGAUCCGCUACAUUUUAUUCCACAACGCCGUCCCCUUCGUGGGCUUCGGUUUCCUUGACAACGCCAUCAUGAUCGCAGCUGGAACGCAGAUCGAACUGUCCAUCGGAGUCACUCUGGGAAUCUCCACCAUGGCCGCUGCUGCUCUUGGAAACCUGGUGUCGGAUUUAGCCGGACUCGGUCUGGCCGGUUACGUGGAGGUGUUGGCGUCCAAACUGGGGAUGCAGGUUCCAGAUCUGACGCCCAAACAGGUGGACAUGUGGCAGACCAGAGUCUCCGCCCACAUGGGUAAAGCCAUCGGCGUGUCCAUCGGCUGCAUCCUGGGAAUGUUCCCGCUGUUUUUCCUGAGCGACGACGACGACAAAGACGAGAAGGAAGAACGAAGCAGCAGCGAAACUACGACACAGUCCUAACGAAGCACGGACGAACAACCAAGACCCACCCCCUUCAAGACCUGGACUCACCAAAGACCCACCCCCUUCAAGACCUGGACUCACCAAAGACCCACCCCCUUCAAGACCUGGACUCACCAAAGACCCACCCCCUUCAAGACCCGGACCCACCAAACUCAGACCUCUUUAGUUGGACCCAGAACACUACUGGGGGAAAACCUGGUCAAACUGAGCAGAACCAAACCCAGAGUAGACGGACUUCCAGGAUCCGCCGUCUGCCCCCCUCAGCUUUAGGUCUGAGGUGUCGAACAUGCGACCUGUGGGUCAGAACUGGCCCAGCACAAGGUCCACCUCUGGACCAUGGGACAGUUCAGUUUAGUCCUGGUUCCACGUUCAGACCAGUACGACAGAAAAACCUCUGAAGAAUUCAGCUGGAAAGUUUGUUCUUGGUUGAAUGUGAAAAAGAUACAAUUACAUUAAAAAAAUCUAUUUCUAAACUAUCCUUUCACAAUAAAAUGUGAAUAACUUGAACAAAUAUGACACUAGGACUCAUCUGGUUUGGUUUGGAACCCCAACACUAACAGAACCACAGAACUGGACUGGUUUAGGAGGACAUAGGUCCCAUCCCCCUCCUCCUUCAGAAGACAAGGAAGGAGACCUGGACCUGGUCCUGGUGGACUAGGAAGGAGACCUGGACCUGGUACAGUGGGACCUGGUCCUGGUGGACUAGGAAGGAUCCAUUCUAAUAUAAACUCUUCUGUAUCUAAUUAAGUCGGUAGCUAACGUGCUAACCGUUUUUCCGUCUCUAUUAUUUCUCCCUAUAAACACUACUGUUCGUAUAAAUGCUGUUCGUAUAAAUGCUGUUCGUAUAAAUGCUGUCGGUCUGCUUUGCCUGAACACACAGUUAAACACAUCUGUUGUUUUGCUUCAGGACGUUUUUCCAACAUCGAUGACUCGUCAACAUGUGUGAGUUAGUGUCUGAGUGAACCAGGAUGAGAACAGCUGUUCAGUAUCAGUGCGCAGUAACACACCACAUGUCACCGCCGCUAACGGCGUUCCAAUGUUUCAGAUAGUAAUUAAUUAGAUUACCUGUUACUGGAAAACAAUAACGGCGUUAGUAACUCCGUUAUUUUUAAUGCCGUUAUUCCCAACACUGCCUGUCAGUACGAUAAAUAUUAUAUCCAACUACGUUCAUGUCUUCAUUUGUAAUAGAUUUAUUCAACCACGUUUCAGAAAUGAUGAGAAUAUCUGCAUCUGCUGAUUUGACCCAAAGCCUGACCACGCCCACCUUGGAUAAAAAACUGCACCAAGGUUCGAAUAGUUUUGGAUUUUUCAUUCUAGUUUAGUUUGAUUUAG